CUGUCUGUAACCAAAGUCCAAGCCUGAAACACUCUCUUUCUCUGUUGUCUGAAAAUCUGAUCAACGAAACCCUAGAAAUCCAUCCGAUUCCGCGCAUCUAGUCUCGCAUCGUAUGCGGUCCAAAUGUCCUUAUCGUGGAAUUCUAGGGAAGACUUUGAAAUCAUGCCAAGAAACAGGUGGAAACACUGAAGAGGCCUUUUUGACAACAUAUGAGUAUCAUGCUGAUUUAGUAGGCAAAGAACGUCAUAUCUAGCAGUUUCAUCUUUAGCACAAGUUUUCCCAAUGCAGUUGGUGUCAAAUUAUGGUCAAACCGAAGAUGUUGCAGAAACAGAACCCAUUCUUAAUCAAUCUGACAUUGUAUGCACAUCCAAGAAAUCCUCAUCAUCAUGUGAAAUCAGACUAGUGGUUGGUGAUUGUUCUGCGGCUGGUGAUGAUCGGCCGAGUCUUGAUACUGACGAACGUUGCAAUCUAGUGAACGCGGACCAGCCACAAUGUCGGAUUUGCCUUGAUAAUGGAGGCGAAGAUCUGAUAGCACCCUGCUAUUGCAGAGGAACACAGAAGUACGUUCACCGAUCAUGUCUUGAUCAUUGGAGAUCAACUAAGGAGGGCUUUGCUUUUGCCCACUGUACAGAGUGCAGAGCAGUAUUUAUUUUACGAGCAAAUGUGCCGCCAGACCGCUGGUGGUUGAGAUUGAAAUUUCAACUUCUUGUCGUUAGGGACCAUGCAUUCAUUUUUGUUGUUGUUCAGUUGGUUGUGGCAUUCUUGGGUAUGCUGGUGUACAAAUUUUAUGGGGAGGAAUUGAGGGAAAUGUUUGGUUAUGAGGAACACCCUUAUGGAUUUUAUGCAAUGGCAGUCUCAGCUAUUGUUUUGGUGGGAUUGCUCUAUGGGUUCUUCAUAGCCAUAAUCUGCGGGCAGAGGAUCAACGAACGGCACUACCAUGUUCUGGCAAAACAAGAACUAACAAAGGAGUAUGUCGUGGAAGAUCGAGAAGGUAAUAAGAAUCACCCUGAGCUUGAUCCUUCCCACAUAACAGAGCUAAGAAUGUUGGGCCUCUACUGAGUGGGAAAACUUUUCCUUCCAUUGAGUUAUCUUGGUUAUUCCAGAUACAUUUUAAAAAAAAAAAAAAUUUAUUUGUACCACCUCAUCCAAACUCCGCAACUUGGAGCAAAGGUUGUAAAGUUGCCCAUUCAAAGCCGGAAAACGUAUCUGCGGGGAUGCAUCAGGAGCUUCCUUUCCACCCACAUGUAAUCUUUCAAAUCUGUAAUUCAAUAUAAUGUAUUUCUGUGGGUAUUUAUCGAUUGCCUCGACCCCCUUUCAAAUGUUUAGGCUUUUAGGUAUGCAUUUGGUGCAGAUGAAUACCCCUUUGUAGCAUUAUAAUUAUUUCUCAUAAUUUUGUAAAUACAGUUGUGUAUUGAUUUAAGGUAUGCUAGCAAUUUAACAUUGCUAGUUCAGUUGUUUGACAGGAAAGGCUUGUAAACCAACUUCUCAGGUGAUAAGCUAUCCAAAGUCAUUUUCUGAU